UCUUCACUUUACUGUUACGUCAUUUACUUCCGGUUUUUUUUUCCCCACGAAAAAUGUUUCUGAAAGAAUUUUUGAGUAUUUUCUCAAUUACUGAAGCCGGUAGAUCUGUUUUUCAUCCAGACUGUUGAGUUGUAGAGAAAAUCAGGAAAAGAGAAAAAAAAAUAUGACUUUCUUGCUUGUACUGAAUAAUGCACAGAACAAAUGAUCUGAGAAAUGUCGGGAACAAGUAAAGGAAAUAAACAAAACUUAGUUCAGAAACUUUCAACACAGACAAAGGAUGGGUUGAAGAUAGAGAACCAAAGAUUAUGUAAGAUACUUAACGAUCUGAAGAAGAAGUACAAAGUGACCUACGAUGUCAUACAUCAACUUGAUCAGGAGUACGAACAGUCUAAAGACAACAUGGUACUUAGAUACCCACAGUUAAAACAGAUGAUAAGACAAGCAACAACUGAUCAUGUUAUACAACAGGCCGAGGUCCCUAAGAUUCCUAAACAUAAAGGAGUUAAAGAUCUGUUUCAUAGUACAGAAGGGACAACACAAGUGCAACAGCCAGUCGCAUCAAAGUCUUCUAGUUUCUUACAGACCUGUAAACAGUUUGCUGGCAAAUCUGAUGAUUCUUCUUAUGAAACAAGAACUGUUACAAGAAAUCUUUCAGACAUGCAUAAGAAAGAGAUAGAAGAAGAUAACAGAAGCAAGGAACACAUGAUCAGCGUGUAUGAAAAUAAAUUCUUACGAGCUCACAACAGACUGACCAAACUAAAACAAGAGUUUAUUGCAUCUAAAGAAGAUCUUCCUCCCCUUAGAUACAAAAAGUUGAAAGAAAUGAUAAAAACAGUCACUAAAGAUGAAAAAUUAAAACCUGAAUGAAGAAAGGAUGUUACAAUGGGUUUGAUAUAAGUACUUUAGUUCUCAGGAUUAUGUUGUUAUUUUUGGGGAGAGAGAGAGAGAUGGUCAUUCUUUUCUUUAAUGUGCAAUUCUAUAUUAUUAAAGCCCUAACUGCAGUCCAUCAUAUUUGCAUUUUGCAUUGCACUUUUUUGUUAUAGUAGAUCAUGAAAUAUGUCAGUUCAGAUAAAAAUUACUACAUUAUUUGUAUUUAAUUACAUUUUUAUUGAACUAUUUUCUACAUAUUUCCUUGAUUAUAAAGCUAAAAUAAUAAAAUAAACUAAAAUGUGCUAAGAAAUUCAAUAUGUAUAUUUUUUUUUAGCUUUUGUAUCUUUUUUUUUUAAUCAAUCUAAUUUUUCCAAAUUUUGUAUUCUCUUUACUUUAUAAUGUAAAUUGCUCAGUUAGUUUUUUUGAACACCACAUACAUUUUUGCAACUGUUUGAGAAUCAAAACACUUAGUUUAAUGUAAAUGCAGUGACUUUGUAAUUAUAGUUUAAAGAAAAUUACAGUAUUUUGAUAAUAAUAUUCAAAAAAGGAAACUGUCACCUGGUAAAACUUAAAGACUAAGUUAACUUAUUUGUGAUACUGGCAACUCUUAGAUGAGUACUUUCACAUACAUUCAUUUAAAUACAUGUCAGAGGUAGACAUAAACUUUUUUAACAACGUACCCUUUGGGCAAGUAACCAUGAUAUAUAACUUGUUCAAAAGAGAUAACCACUUGUCCAAAUUAUGUGCUUUCUUAAGAAAUUUUAAAUUGCCAUUUAUGGGCAUAAAAUCAGAUAAAUUCACCAAAAAUAAAUGAAAUGUAGUGGUUUACAGAAAGUGCUGUACCAAGCCACUUGAACCAAACCACUUCAGCAAUUUGACCUUAAAGAAAACUCAAAGCAAAAUAUAUAUGUUUUAAGUCACAACAUUAUAAUUUUGUAGUUUUUAUUUUUUGUUGACAAAUUUUCAAGGACUUAUUUGUCUGUCCUGUUCAGUAUUUAUAUACAAAAUAUCGAAUCUGUACAAUCUCUGAUACCCUUAAAGUGUAUUUUACCUUUUUUUAUUAUCAUUGUUAGCUUUUCAUAUUUUUAUACGACCGCCAAAAAAUUUUUGUGGUCGUAUAUUGGUAUGACGUUGGCGUCGGUGUCGUCGUCGUCGUCCGGCAUCGUCCGAAGACACAUUGGUUUUCGCACUCUAACUUUAGUUUAAGUGAAUGGAUCUCUAUGAAAUUUUACCACAAGGUUCAAUACCACAAAAGGAAGGUUGGGAUUGAUUUUGGGGGUUAUGGUACCAACAGUAAAGGAAUUAGGGGCCAAAAAGGGGCCAAAAAUAAGCAUUUUUGUAACUUCCAGACAUAACUUGUGUGUUAGUGUAUGGAUCUCUCUGACAUUGUACCACAAGGUUCCAUAUCACAAAAGGAAUGCUGGGAUUGAUUUUGGGGGUAAUUGCCUAAAAAAUUAUAGGAAUUAGGGGCCAAAAAAGGGGGCAAAAAACAAGCAUUUUUCUAGUUUCAUGACAAUAACUUGUGUGUAAGUAUAUGGAUCUUUCUGAAAUUGUACUACAAGGUUCCAUAUCACUAAGGGAAAGCUGGAAUUGAGUUUGGGGGUAAUUGCCGAAACGUUUAGGAAUUGGGGGCCAAAAAGGGGCAAAAAAUAAGCAUUUUUCUAGUUUCCAGACAAUAACUUGUGUUCAAGUGUAUGGAUCUCUCUGAAAUUGUACUGCAAGGUACCAUACCACAAAGGGAAGGCUGGGAUUGAUGAUGGGGGUAAUUGCCUCAAUAUUUUAGGAAUUAGGGGCCAAAAAAUGGCAAAAAACAAGCAUUUUUCUAGUUUCAGGACAAUAACUUGUGUGUAAGUGUAUGGAUCUUUCUGAAAUUGUACUACAAGGUUCCAUAUCACAAAGGGAAAGCUGGGUUUGAGUUUGGGGGUAAUUGCCCUAAAGGUUUAGGAAUUUGGGGCCAAAAAGGGGCCAAAAAACACAUUUUUCUAGUUUCCAGACAAUAACUUGUGUUCAAGUGUAUGGAUCUCUCUGAAAUUGUACUGCAAGGUACCAUACUACAAAGGGAAGGUGAGGAUUAAGUUUGGGGGUGAUAAAUCAUAAGGGGUUUCAAAAAAUUUUGGGGGGGAUUUUUUUUUUUUCCUUUUUUUUUUCUUUUAAAAUUUUCCAUUUUAAGUUGGUUAUUUCUGAUUUAUAUUUAAAAGCAAAUAAUAAUGAUAUGGUAGGAGAUACACACCAAACAGGAUGUGUAAAUUAUUAUAUAAUUAGUAUUGUGCAAUAGCAAGAAAUUUUCAAUUGCACAGUAUUGCACAAUAGCAAGAAAUCUUCAAUUGCACAGUAUUGCGCAAUAGCAAGAAAUCUUCAAUUGCACAGUAUUGCGCAAUAGCAAGAAAUAUCCAAUAGCACAAUAUUGCGCAAUAGCAAGAAAUUGUCAAUUGUACAGUAUUGCGCAAUAGCAAGAAAUAUUUAAUUGCACAGUAUUGUGCAAAAGAAGAUACUUCGUAUAAAUUGCUUAUUUCUUGACCAAUUUCAGUGGGGUUUUAUUCUUGAAUUCUUGGGGUUCUUUAAUAUGCUGAAUCUAACCGUGUAUUUAGUUUUUGGAUUUUGGGCCCAGUUUUUAAAUUGGUCCACAUUGAGGUCCAAAGGGUCCAAAAUUAAACUUUGUUUGAUUUCAUCAAAAAUUGAAUUAUUUGGGUUCUUUGAUAUGCCGAAUCUAACCGUGUAUUUAGAUUCUUAAUUUUUGGUUCCGUUUUCAAUUUGGUCUACAUUAAGGUCCAAAGGGUCCAAAAUAAAACUUAGUUUGAUUUUAACAAAAAUUGAAUUCUUAGGGUUCUUUGAUAUGCUGAAUCUAAACAUGUAUUUAGAUUUUUGAUUAUGGGCCCAGUUUUCAAGUUUGUCCAAAUCGGGGUCCAAAAUUAAACUUUGUUUGAUUUCAACAAAAAUUGAAUAUAUGGGGUUCUUUGAUAUGCUGAAUCUAACCAUGUAUUUAGAUUUUUGAUUUUUGGGCCCCGUUAUCAACUUUGUCCACAUUGAGGUCAAAAGGGUCCAAAAUUAAACUUUGUUUGAUUUCAUCAAAAAUUGAAUUCUUGGGGUUCUUUGAUAUGCUGAAUCUAACCAUGUAUUUAGAUUUUGGAUAUUAGACCAUAAUAGGUGAAUGUCCAAUUUAAAAUUUUUAAGUUCUUAGACCACAUUCAUUCUGUGUCAGAAACCUAUGCUGUGUCAAAUAUUUAAUCACAAUCCAAAUGCAAAGCUGUAUCAAGCUUGAAUGUUGUGUCCAUACUUGCCCCAACUGUUCAGGGUUCGACCUCUGCGGUCGUAUCAAGCUGCGCCCUGCGGAGCAUUUUAUUGGUAUUUUGCCAAAACACUCCAUCAGAGAUAGCUGUCGUGCCACCAAAAAUCCCAGGGGCUUGGGAAUGUUAUUUUAGAACGUUAUUCCUCUUUAUCCAAUGAAAACACUGGAAGAAUAAAACAAUGUCCCUGGGUCUCUUUGCUUAAUCUGGGAUCUGACGUUAGAACGAGAUUCAAUAGACAAAAUAGGUGCAGAAUGUAUACAAAAGGAAAUAAUUAGAUAAUAGCUUCAAAGAAAUCAAUAUUCAAACAUAAAUAGGUACGCCAAAUCCUAGAAAAAUAUCUAUCGAAACGAACUAUAUACAUUGACAAGCUAUGCAUGGAUGAUAACCAAUAAACUUUUGGGAAAUAAGUGCGACCUGAACCUGGGUCACAAUUCCGAACGUUUUGAAAAAGAAAUAAUCGGUAGCUCUAUGGUCGGCAAAUAGUCAAAAAAUAUCAUAAGGACCUAAGAGCUACGGUUCCGCAGCUAGCCAUGGCCAUGUCAAGCAAUUUAUUAAAAUAAUGUGCUCAGAUGUCCAUUUUAUGAUCAUGUAUUUGUGUAUUACAAUAUUAGUUAAGGAAACUGUUUAUAUAAAAUCGUAAUUAUUUCAAAAAGUAGUGCAUGGUGUAUGAUUUAUCUGUUCCAUCUACAAUUUUAUGGACAAAGGGAAAUUCAAUAAAUUUUUAAUCUUGUAAUUUCAAAAUCUAAAUGCAAAUUGAAAGCAAUCUUUUCCCUCUUAAUUAGAGGUCACAAGCGUAUUGAUUAACAUUUGUAGUGAUUGAUGAGAAGGGGAGGGAGGGGGGGGAUGACACGCUUUUGGAAUGUGGGCUUUCGGAGGUAAAAAAGUGGAAAUGUGGGAUAUAGGAUAUAAAAAAGAGGGAUCUGGGAAAAAGAAGGAAGCAAAAGGGGAAGUGGGAAAAAUUAUAAAAAUGCGGGAAUUGUUGAAUGAGCACCUCAUGUCACCCCCUCAUUAUUUAUUGUAUUAAUUCAGAAUCUUCCUGCUCAGGACAUGUGUUCAUGUCUUUACCUUUUUACAUGGUACUUUAACUUUUACAUUUAUUUUGUUACAGAUAUGACAAAUUCUAUUAUUGUUUUUUUGCAUGUUUCUAUUUUUAUAUCUAAAUAAUGAUGGGGAUUUUUACUGUAGUGUUGUGGUUAUCUGUAAGUUGUGAAUAUGUAUCUUGACAGUCUGAUUUAUGUGAUUUGCAAACACAUUUUUUUUUAUUGUAUCUGCUUAAUCUUGCCUGAAAUUCAUUAGCAAAUCUAGAAUUUUGUUAAAGAGUGAUAAUGAUGCCGGUUUUAUGUCUUGACUUUCAAUUUUUUUGUAUAAUAUUUAGAGAAAUAAAUUUAACAAAAUAUGUUUUUUAUUGGAGAAAGACCAUAAUUACUUCUUACCCCAAAAUCACACAUAUGUAACUCUGAUGUCAUAUAUUUUUUUGUUAAUCAGAUUAAGAUAAAGAUCUUGUGUCUUACAAGGAGCUGACAACAUUUCAUUCUACUUUCUGUCCUGGCAAUUAUUACAUCAGCCAAUGAGAUUUCAGCCUUCAAAUAUGUUAUGGUGUGUAUCAUCACAACAAAACCAGAAGAUUCCGAAAGGUCUUUGAAACAGAAAGUAGACUGGAGUGUUGUGAUAUCCUUGUAAGCGAAACAAGAACAUAGGAUCUGUAAUUCAAUCAGAUUGCAUUUUUAUGCCCCACCUAGGAAAAUGAUAGUGCGAGUGGGGCAUCCGUGUACUAUGGACACAGUUAUUGUUUUUCAAUAAACUGGUUUCUCAGUUGAAGAUGAUGUUUAUUUUGUCUACCUGCAUCUGUCAACAAUUAUAACUUAUUGUUUACAUUAGCCUCCUUAGCUCUAAGAAGCUUUUGUACCUUGGUAAUAUAAUUACUGUAAAUUCAGAAAUUUUUGUGAUGUUUUUUAUUAAUGUAAAAAAAUGCAAUGGGAUAGAUUUAACAAAGAUGAGACCACUUGCAUUAAAAACUUAUAGUAUUAUUUGUAUCUCCUGAAAUCACAAAAAAUAAUCUUGCAUUAUUGUCCAUUGUUUGAGAAUCGCAGUAUUAAAUGCACACACAAAUUUCUGAAUUCACAAUAUUUCAAUAAGAUCAUGACAUGUUUAUUGUCUUUUUUCUGUAGUCCAAUCAUUAUCAUUAUCAUUUGGUUGUGGAAAAAAAAUCAUUUUUACAUGUGUAAGCUCAUUUUAGAGACUAUUGAUUAAUUUAUUUUCUUGGGUAUCAGUGUUAAUUGAUUAUUGCAAAGUAGCAUUAUCCUGGAUACUUGUUUUCAUGAUUUAAACAAAUUUUGUAAAUAAGCUAAUAGAAAAAUAUUUUUUUGUUAAAUAAAGAAAUGCAUGGUAAACCUUUAACCAAUGAAACUUAAAAAAAGAAUUUAUAUUAUAUAAAAAGUAAUGUUUAGCUGUUGAUCAUUUAUUGAGUGAAUAUUUAGAUAGAAGUAAUCGUUUCUUGUUGAGUGGAGUUGCCCAAGUGGUCUUGUGAAAGCUUGCUCGUCUUGAGUGCAGUGUUCUCCCCAGAAAUUUCAUAUAGCAUCCUGGUAAACAGGGGAAUUUUAAAAUACCAUCUUAUUUCUAGAAAUUAUAGCAUCACAUCCAUAACACAAUCUAUAACAUAAUAAUCUCAGAUAGCAUCACAUUACCAUGAUGGUAAAAGGCCCUGGGGAGAACACUGGAGUGCUUGAAGUUAUGAGUUUGAUCCCUGUCCAGAUCAAACCAAAGACGUAAGAAUUGGCAUUUGCAGCUUCUCUGCUAAGCACAUACUUUUUGAACUAGGACAUUUAAAAUCCAGCUCAUCAUGUCUGUUCUAGUACAAGACAAGGGUUCAUAUUCAUAUCACAUAGACAUGUUCUUCAUCUUGAUAUUCAUGUUAUAUUUGCCACUGGACGUUAAACACCAAUCUGUCAUCUUCAUGUUAAGUAGAUGAAGGUUUCUAGAAAAGACUGUUGCAGGAAAUUUUAUUCUUAUAAAAUGAUUGCACCAGGAUAAGGAGGCCUUUUUUUCAAGUUAAUAACUAUCUAAUAGGUUAUAAACUAGUACAAUUACUUUCUGUUGAAAACACUAACUUAAAGGAACUUUGUAAUUUUGGAAAGUACUUACUCUAUGCGUUUAAGUGCAGAAACAAUAUUUAAGACAUGUUUAUAUUAUAUGUAUUUUGAAACUCACAAACUGUUUAACAAAUGUGACUGAUAUUUCUGACAUUUAUUAUUUCUGUUUUUGUUAAUGCUAUACAACUUGUAAAUUGUAUAUUUAUGCAUACUAUACUGAUGAACUGUAUUGUUCAAAGUAAUAAAGAAUUGAAAGUAGGUUGAAAUUAGUAUAUAAUUUUUUAUGUAAUAAUUCAUGAACCUGAUGAGUGUUUGUUUUUGUUAAGUGUUUUUAUUUUACAUGAUUUUUAUAGCACAUCUGUGACUUUGAGUUAUUUCCCUUUGACAUCAGUUGAACUACUAUUAACUAUUUGUUUCGUUUCAUUUUACAUGAAAUUCUAGAUAUCUCGCAUAUUGUAUUCACCUUAUAACUAAUAUCAUGUGCAUUCGCUUUGAUUUGAUACCUGUUCAUAUACAGAGGCGGAUUUAGAGGGUUUUUCAGGGGGCCUGGGCCCCCCCUUUUGUGGAAAAAUUUGGUUGAUUAUAUAGGGAAUCACUGAAGUAUGACUAGAGCGGGCCCCCUCUUAAGCAGUCAGUGGGCCCUCUUAUCAAAAUUUCUGGAUCCGCCACUGAUAUAUACAGUAACAUUAGAAAAUCAUUAUAUUGAGUUUUAAUAUUAAUUUAUGAAUAUUACUAAUGUUAUGGUGCUGUGGUUAAAUAAUUGUGCUUACAAAGAUCUGAAUCUUAUUUUAUAUAAUUAAAACAUUUUGAAAGGUG